AUGCCGGCCACGGAGCUCGUCGCGCCCAUGCCGCCAUCGGCGCCCGCUGACCAUCUGGCGUGCAGCGAGAAACCCUCUGCGAGCUGGCGCCAGCGUGGUGGUUUGGCGGCGUGCGGCGCAGCGCUGGGCGUGCGCAGUUUGAAAUUGCAAGGCAACACCCGCGCUCGUGCGGACCGCACGACCAGCUUCCUGCUCGCGCCGCCCUCGCUGUGGCCCGGCGUCUCCGCCGGCGGCUGGUGCGUCAAGGUGAUGAAGAGCACCACCAAGCCUGACGUCACCACGGUCAAGUUCAACGACUCCACGGUGACCUUCUCGUUCGCCGUGGUUGCCUCAUGGAAGCCCGUCUCCUAG